CAAAUAUAUUAUUCAGACAGCCAUUUACUAAAAUAAGGCUAAUGGUCUCCAUUAUUCUCUCUAAUCCAUGGAAUUUUCCUAAAACAUCUCAUCAUUGAAAACAUAUAAAUCCCUCUCAUCGUCCUCUCAUUUUUCUUCAUCUAAAGCUUUUGCAGUAUUCACAAAAUAAAUAAAAUAACACAUACUGCUUUAGCUUUGGAACACCUUUUAAUCCUUUUUUUAAAAAAUGGCACGUCAAUUUGUUGUUUUGGCUCUAUUGGCUUUGGUCGUAGCCACCGCAUUCGCUGCCGAAGCACCCUCAGCUUCUCCCACCGCCUCCCCUACCAAAGCACCCACCACCCAAACCAAGGCUCCUGCCUCCGCACCCAAAUCUUCCUCAGCCUCCGCACCCAAAGCAUCGUCCCCUGUCGCAGAGGAGCCCACCGCUGUAGACGAUUACGCAGCAGGCCCCACUGACUCUGCUGAGGGACCCACCACCUCCUCCCCUCCAGCUCCUACCCCUGAGGCUGAUGGACCAUCAUCCGAUGCACCAGCCGCCGAGGCACCAGAAAGCAGCGCCACUAAUGUGAAGCUCUCCAUCGCCGGCACUGUCGCCGCCGUCGGAGUCUUCUUCUUCUCUUUCUAAGUUUAAAAACUUGUUUUGGGACGUAUCAUAUGACUUUGGUGUAACAUUUGAGAUGUGACCAAAUCUUUACUAUAUGC